UACCUCGACGACGGUUCAACAGUGCGUUGCAAAGAACAGACGCUCACGGGUAUAUAUUUAUCAACUUAUACUUUUAGCCGUUCCGCGGUAAUAUAUUAUAAUAUUAACAAUAAAACACAAGUUUUCUGUACGUAUUUUCAUUUUCGUCGCCGUCGUCUAUCGCGAUUUAUUUAUUCAUUGACGUUCUCUUUCGUGUAGUCACGACACUGCAGGUUCCAUCUCACCUACACCGUCGUCUGAGCGGUCCGUCGUCAGCGCUUAAUAUACCUGCUACCUACGUUUAUUGGCGUCUACCGAUACACCAUAAACCGUCGUUGUCAUGUAUUCGUCGAAAUCAGCGACCAACGUCGGACGGAUGCUUUUGCACCGGGCCCUUCAGUGCCGGCGGAAGAGGUCGUCGGCGGUGCCAUCGGACGCAAAGGUCGUAAACGACGUACGCUACGUCCGGGGCGAAUACGGUCGCGUGACCGACGCCGACGUUCGCCACUUCCGGUCGCUGUUGGGCGAACCGAACGUGCUGACUGGCGCCCAAAACGUCGGGCCGUACAACGUGGACUACUUGAAACACGUGUCGGGCGAAAGCGGACUGGUGUUAAGACCGAAAACCGCAAAAGACGUGUCGGACAUAUUGAAGUACUGCAACGACAGAAGCAUUGCGGUGUGCCCGCAGGCGGGCAAGACGGGCAUUUCGAGCGGUAGCGUGGCGCUGUUCGACGAGGUGGUCUUAUCUGUGGAGCGGAUGAACAAGAUAAUUAAUUUCGAUCCGGUGUCCGGGGUGUUGGUGUGCGAAGCAGGAUGCGUGCUCGAGUCGUUGAUGAAGCACGUGGAUGGUCAUGGGUACAUGAUGCCGUUGGACUUGGGGUCGAAGGGCAGUUGUCAGAUCGGCGGAAACGUGUCGACCAACGCCGGCGGCAUACGCGUCAUACGGUACGGCACGCUGCAGGGGUGCGUCUUGGGCCUAGAAGCCGUCACUGCGGAUGGUACGAUUUUGGACUGUUUAAAUACAAUGCGAAAAGACAACACAGGAUAUCAUUUGAAACAUUUAUUUAUUGGUUCAGAAGGAACGUUGGGCAUUGUCACCAAAGUAGCGAUACUUUGUCCUACCCUUCCAAAGCACGUGAAUGUGGCAUUCAUCGGAUUGGAUAGUUAUGACAAAGUUCUGAAGUUGUUCUCAAUUGCUCGUGCUGAGUUUGGAGAAACGCUAUCAUCCUUCGAACUCCUGGAUAAUACAGCUGUGACGUUCGUAGAAAGCAAACUUCAUCUUUCGUGUCCAAUCGCCAACGUCCAUCCAUUUUAUGUACUUAUCGAACUUGCUUCCAGUCAACCGACUAUCGGACAAAACAUGGAAAAUGUUCUAGAAAAAGCUCUCGGUGACUCAGUAAUUUCCGAUGCAACAACGACUGAUCAGAUGUCCAGCAUACAGAAAAUAUGGAAAGUACGUGAAACAAUAAUUGAAGCGUUAUUAAAGCUAGGCUACGUGUACAGCUUCGAUAUAUCAUUACCUCUGAGCCGAUUUUAUGAAAUUGUUGAGUUAACUCGAGAAAAACUUAAGGACAUUGAAGAUGUUAAAGCCGUUUGUGGAUUUGGUCACAUAGGUGACGGUAACUUACAUCUAAACGUGGUGACGUCGAAGUAUGACGAAGAACUAGCCCGAAUAAUCGAUCCAUUCGUCUACGGGUGGACGUCCAAGCACCGGGGAAGCGUCAGUGCUGAGCACGGGAUCGGUUUGUCAAAAACGAAAUACCUGAAGUACACGAAAAGCGGGUCGGCCGUCGACCUUAUGCGGAGCCUGAAAAACACCAUGGACCCAAAGCAUAUUCUGAACCCUUACAAAGUCAUCCCGACCGUGGCGGCCGGCGACCAGUAAUCCGGGAUCGAAAAAAUAACCUCUAAUAUUUAUAUAUAUAUUUAUAAUACCUUAUAUAUACGUCAACCGUGGUGAUAAACUUUAUGGUACGUAUACAUACACGAGCACAUAUAUAAAUAUAUAAUAUGUAUAUGGAAUUACGUUUAUAUAUAUAUAUAUACAUGGGUACGGGAAAGGGUUUGUGCUGCGAUGUGGUUAACUACAGAAACAGUUUACUCUCCUCGUUAUGUCCAAACCCCGGAGCUAUUUAAAUAAAAUACAAUUUCUGCAAAUCGAUAUACAUAUAUUACAAUGUGUGUACGUGUGUGUGUGUGUAUUAUUUACUACUGAAUAAUGUACCGUAGUCGUUACUCGUUGUCACGUUAUAGAAAUAAAAAGCAUAUUUUUAUAUACAGAGCGAUUCCAGAGAGGACGAGAAAAUAAGGAUCGUCCAACAUAACAAUAUUAUUUUCCAUAAAUACAUAGUCACGUUGUUGUACACGCUAUCAUUAUAUUAAAUUUUAAUAUAUAAGUGUAACAAUACAAUAUACGUCAUAUUUCUUAUUUUCCUAUCGAUAGUAUUUGUUAAAGCAAAUGGACAUACUAUAUAACUAUAUAAUAUUAUGAUUCAUAUAUACACGAUGUAAGGAACAAUAGAUACGAUAAUGUGAAUCCUAAAUAUUUGUACAACCUCUAUUACUACUGCCCAUCAUGUUCGAUUAAAAUCGAUUUAUUUUGUUUACUUUUCGCUGUUUAUUAAAUAAACGAAAUAAUUGAUAUAGA